AUGGGUGAUGGUCCACGAGGAAUAGAGGUUUUCCCCGAUCAUUUUGAACCUUCUACUUCCAGUGUUAGUACUCAUAGAAGUCAAACUUCAUCUGCCUCAGAUUUACGAACUAAUAGUUACCCGAGACCUCGCAGUCGUUUGUGGGGUAGAGUGCAAUUGAAGAGUGCUGCUUCCAUGUUGAAUUUAUUUAGUCUACGAGGGUUGCCUUGGGGCGCAGAUGGUCAGGAAAAGGUCGUGUUGUCAGCCACAGAAGUUGCUUCACUUCGAUCAGAGAUAGCUGACUUAGAAGAGAAAGAAGCUCAUCUGAAAGCCCAGUUAGAACAUAUUGACGAAGUAUUGCGGUCUGCUCGUCUAUCAGGAUACUUGCAUAUGAGAAUGAGAUGGGCAACAUUACCAGGAGAACCUCCUCCAAUUGAUGACACAGAGGUUGAUGACUGGCUCCCACGCUUUUUCGUUCUCCAAGGAUCAUGUAUUUAUCUUUACUUGGUAUCGACAGAUUUGAGCCCUCAGGACUCCACACUUCUUUCUGAUGUGGUUGAAGUUGGCCCUCUCCCGAACAUUACAAGAGAAGAUGAGGAAGUCCGGUAUUGCUUUUACAUCUUAACUCGUCAUGGUCUGCGAUAUGAGUGCUCGAGUGCUUCUAAAGUACAGGUUGAUUCUUGGUUAGAAGCACUACAGAUGCAUAGCGAUCCAGGAUGUGAAUCUGCUGCAAGAGCUGCAAGGACUCUCAUCUCUGCUUCCUCUAAGCAGACCACUCGUGCCCUUUCCGGUGGAGCGCGAGCAGCUGCAGGUGCAACAGCAGUUUCAUUGAGAGGAAGUUUGGCUUCCUUAGCAGCAUAUGGCAGGGAAGAAUCAGGAAAUGCUUCUCGAAACUGGAUUGCUGGACUUCUUGCCCUUCCAGCCGCAGCUUUUAUGCUCACCGAGCAGGAAGCAUAUGCUGCCCAGAUGGAGCGUACUUUCAUCGCCAUCAAGCCUGAUGGAGUGCAGAGAGGACUGAUUUCAGAAAUCAUAUCACGCUUUGAACGCAAGGGUUUUAAGCUCGUUGCAAUCAAAGUAGUUGUUCCCUCCAAGGAUUUUGCCCAGAAACAUUAUCACGAUCUCAAGGAAAGACCAUUUUUCAAUGGCCUCUGCGACUUCCUAAGCUCUGGUCCUGUAGUCGCAAUGGUGUGGGAAGGUGAAGGAGUAAUUAAGUAUGGUCGGAAACUCAUUGGAGCAACAGAUCCUCAGAAAUCGGAACCAGGAACAAUCCGAGGUGACUUGGCUGUUGUGGUUGGAAGAAACAUAAUUCACGGUAGUGAUGGACCUGAAACCGCCAAGGACGAAAUCAGCCUAUGGUUCAAACCGGAGGAGUUGGUUAGUUACACAAGCAAUGCAGAGAAAUGGAUCUACGGGGAAAACUGA